CCUAGUUUCGUCACUGUUGAUCACAAGCACUGAUAGAUAAGCAGAGCUGAAAAUACCGCAUUUCAGACAUGGCUUGAACUAUUUUAAAGCCUUGUUUUAGUUUAUAUCGUAAGGUCGUAAGGCCAACCUAACCCGCAACCUUGAUUGUACCCAAUUCCUGCAUAUCCAAUAACCAUUUCGACCGCUUGCCCUUAUUGACGAUUGCGAAAUUCCUAACUUCCAACUGAGUUUCGGCCUGUUUACCGAUAUCGCACGAGGGGCCGGAUAAGAUGACGCGUCCGAGACGCUCAUCGGCCGCUAGCACGGAGAGCACGGGGACGGCAGGCGACCAGGAGCUCGGGAGCAUGUAUGAUUACCUCGCUAAGAUUAUCUUGUUGGGCCCGAGCGGAACUGGGAAGUCAUGUCUUCUGCAUCGUUUUGUCAAGAACGAAUGGCGAGUUCUUUCCUCGCAAACGAUCGGCGUUGAGUUUGCCAGCAAGAUUAUUAAAGUCGGUACAGGCCCGCGGAGGAAGCGGAUAAAGCUACAACUAUGGGAUACGGCAGGCACUGAGCGCUUUCGCUCCGUCUCGCGGUCAUACUAUCGGGGCGCCGCGGGCGCUAUCUUAUGCUACGACAUCACAUCGCAUAACUCAUUCAGAGCGCUACAACCAUUUCUUAAUGACGCGCGAGCGCUAGCCUCACCUAAUUUGACGAUGAUUCUCGCUGGAAAUAAGCUGGACCUUGCCAACGAUACUCUCAUCGAUACGAGUCUUCCUCCUCCUACGCCGUCAAGCACGAGUUCGUCUCUGCUAUACAGCACGUCCGCCGGUACGACUAGUGCAGGCGCUUCCCUCGGAACGCAAAUGAAAGCGACGGUAGCACCCGAAGGCCGCGAGGUAUCAACCACCGAGGCGUCACGAUGGGCUAGUAGCGUUAACGUACCUGUUACGGUGGAAGUGUCGGCCUUCUCAGGUGAGGGCGUGGAUGAGAUAUUUACGCGGCUGGCACGCAUGAUCCUGACCAAGAUUGAGCUCGGGGAGAUCGACCCGGACGAUCCGAUGAGCGGUAUUCAGUAUGGCGACGGAGGCAUGUGGAAUGCGGGGGCUAGCGAUGGCGGUAGCAUCAAGAGCUCCAUGACGACAGAUGAGGUCGGCCUCGGCGGCAUGAGGCGGAGACGCAAAGGCAAGAAUCGCGCACAGAAUUGGGGUAUGCGCGAGUGGGAAGAGGUGUUUACUCUAAGCCGCGGGCGAGGCAGAGGAAAUUGUUGCUAAUACAAGAUCAAAGGGGAUAGGCUGUGGACUGUAAUCACGAUGAAAGGGAUACGGGCUAAAUGGGGCUGGCCUGGCGACACUACGAUGAUACCUACUUCUUUUGCAAGCGCGCUCGCUUUUGGUCGUUUUUAGCUUUUAUGGCGUUGGGAGUGGACGUGCCCUAGGGAUAAUUCCGAAGACCUGAUAGAAUAAUAUGAGAUUUCUCUUUGCCCAA